GUCGAUUUCGUGUUCUCUGUCAAAUACUCACGCCCUCGUGAUUGUCACAGUGCAUUUGACAUUUGUGUCGUUUUGGAAACAUGCUUCAUACACUGACAUUUGUAUAACCUAAACAAACAAGUACCGAGAGAGUAUUGCGUUUAAACUACAUUUAUGACGAAAUGAAAGUGUUUUUUUGUUUGUUAAAUAAACGAAUAAUUUGUACAAAUCGGAAAUGUUGAAAGUUCGUGUGGUGGAAUGGAGCGCCAUUCGAGCGAUGUCUUUUUACAAGAAUGUAAUAAAGACUAAGAAGUCGCCCAAAAAGAGUCACAUUGGUGAGCCAUUGUUAACAUGCCGACGACCGGAGUUUAAUUUGUAUCGAGGUGAUAAAAUUGAAGAGAAUGCAAAAUUCGGAAGCAUCCCGCUUACAUCUGACGGCUGGCAUCACUACAAAUCGAAAGGAGACUUCUUCAUAAUUCAUCCGCACCAUUCAGAGGAGGAUAUCACCCGAAAACCCGAGUACAAUCAACCGUUUGAAACGUUUAAUUUGUACCCCGAGCUACUAACGAAUUUAUCGGGUCGAUUGAAUAUGCCACGAACAACGUUCAUUCAACACACGGCGAUUCCCAAGAUUUUAGCCAAUCAGCACACAUUGAUUGCGGCCGAAACUGGAUGCGGAAAAACCAUUGCUUAUUUAUUGCCAAUCAUUCAAAAUGUAUUGAAGCGAAAACGAACGAUCAACACAGAGUCGACUACGGAAUUCAACACACCAAAAGUGCUAAUUAUCACACCGAGCCGUGAGUUAACGAUGCAAAUCGGAGAUGUGUGUGAAGAUUUAUGUCAUGGCUUAGAGUUGAAAACCAAAGUUUUAAUUGGUGGCCACACAAAAUCAAUUAUGGCCAAUCCACCGAUUGAAGAAAUUGACAUUUUGGUGGCGUCAAUCGGAGCGCUGAGUAAAUUGAUUACGACAAACAUCUAUCGUAUGCAUGAAGUAUGCCAUGUUGUACUAGACGAAGCUGACACUUUGCUGGACGACAGUUUCCAGGAUAAAUUGCAGUACAUUUUGAGACGUUUCCCGUUCCACAAGAAUGUGAGCCGACGAAAUCAUGAUGAAGUAGCAACUCAAUUAGUUUUAGCAUCAGCGACAAUGCCAACAAAUGUAAGCGAGUCUUUGCAAAUGAUCAUCGACACUGAAACGAUACACGAAGCAGUUAGUCCGUAUUUACACAGAGUUAUGCCAAACAUAACGCAGAAAUUCAUUCGAAUACGCAAAGCCCAACGCCCAAUUGAGCUACUUGACUUGGUCAGAAAAGAUAUCGACAAAAAACGACCGGUUAUUGUUUUUAGCAAUAAGAAAACGACAUCGGAUUUUGUUUCAAUGUUCCUCAAUGAUCAUGACAUUGAUGCUAUAUCAAUGAAUAAUUCGAUCCUGGAGAAAAUUCGACAACAGCAGUUCAGAAAGUUUCAGUCUGGCCAAGUUAACAUUCUAUCAACGACGGAUCUUGCCAGCCGUGGACUUGACACAAAAAGGGCUUGUCACGUGAUCAACUUUGAGUUUCCUAUGUAUAUUUCGGAUUAUAUUCAUCGAUGUGGACGUAUCGGACGUUAUACCAGCGCAACGAAUUGUCAAGUGACCAACUUCAUUAGCAGUAUGCACCAGCUACCAUUAGUGAGAAAAAUCGAACACGCUGUACGGACCAAGGGCACUCUUCCAAACGUAAAUGCCAAUAUCAACAAAAUUCUAUUCGACAAGCAUGUUAAGGAGGCCGAAAAGGAACAAAAAGAAUUAAUUAAUGCGUUGGAAAAUGGUUCAUAAAUUAGUUGACUGAAUUCAAAAUAAAAAUACGGAAAAUAGAAA